CGAAAGAAACUGAUGAGGAUCGGGCGGAGUCGGAGCGGAGCGGCGCAGAGCGGCGGACGGCGAUGAGUGCGCGCAGCCCCGAUGCGUCCCCCCCCCCCACGGAGGGUCCCGGCGGGCAGCAGGAAGUUAAAGCUGCCGACCCCAAAAGACCCCAAAAGGAAGAGGAGGAAGAGGAGGAGAUCGACAUCGACCUCAACGACCCGGAGACCCAACGGGCGGCUCUGGCCAUUCAGGGCCGGUUCCGCCGCUUCCAGAAGCGCAAGAAGGAACCGGGACCCUAAAGAUCCGCCCCCAAAAUCCCAUAAACCCCCCGACCCUAUUAUGGGAAUAAGGGAACGGCCCCAUUCCUGCCCCGUUCUCCUUAUGGGGGAUCAGCAGUCGGUCGUUCUUCGCUCAUAGGGUCAAUGUAAAGAGCUCAGCCUUCACCUAUAGGGUCAGCGUUAUGGGGGUGGUCCCAGGAUACCCCCAACCCUAUUAUAUGCAUAUGGGGCCGGCCCCAUUCCUGCCCCAUUCUCCCUAUGGGGCUCUCGGUCAUUCCUUGCCCAUAGGGUCAAUGUAAAGAGCUCAGCCUUCACCUAUAGGGUCAACGUUAUGGGGGGGGGUCUCCGAUGUCCCCCCCCCAACCCUAUUAUAUGCAUAUGGGGCCGGCCCCAUUCCUGCCCCCAUUCUCCUUAUGGGGCUCAGGUCAAUCCCAUAGGGUCAAUGUAAAGAGCUCAGCCUUCACCUAUAGGGUCAGCGUUAUGGGGGGGGUCCCAGGAUACCCCCCCCCAACCCUAUUAUAUGCAUAUGGGGCUGGCCCCAUUCCUGCCCGGUUCUGCUUAUAGGGGCUCAGCUCCUCUUCUAUAGGGUCAACGUAAAGGAUCCUCCCCGCACCCUAUUAAAUGCAUAUGGGGCCGACCCCAUUCCUGCCCCCAUUCUCCUUAUGGGGCUCAGGCCAAUCCCAUAGGGUCAAUGUAAAGACCCUAUAGGGUGACCUCCACCAAUAGGGUGAACGUUAUGGGGGGGGGGGCGGUCCCCAGGAUACCCCCCCCCCCAACCCUAUUAUAUGCAUAAGGGACCGGCCCCAUUCCUGCCCUAUUCUCCCU